AUGGCCGCAAUCACCUCUUAUAAAGGGGAAGUGCUACUAAAAGAGGCUAGUCUGUUUUUGGAAAUCCAUGGCUUUAUGCCUUAUAUAGACGGUUUAGAGCGUAAUCCACUCUCUAUAAGAUCGCUAUACUAUACUGAAUCUGGACCUAGAAGCCCUAAAUUAGCUAUAAAAUAUCUAGAUAAAGAAACCGAAUAUAGCCGAAAUACUAAGCAAGCCUUAGGCGCUAUAAAGUCUACUAUAAGCGCUGAUAAUAUAGACAGAUUUAAGGAUCAGCCUACUGCUGACCUACUUUGGGCUGCAAUAAAAGCUACUUUCAGGGAGACUAAUUUAGAGACUAUAGCGCGUUACUUUAACAAGCUAAUAGACGCUAGCUAUAAGUCUUUUAAAAGCGCAGACGAGUAUACUAGCUAUAUCCAAUCCUCGGCUAUAUACCUAAAAGAGCUAGGCUACGAAUUGCCUAAGCCGUUUAUAGCUAUCUUGCUAUUUAAAGGCCUAUCUAGCUCUUUUAAUGCCUUUAGCUCCCGAAAAUACAAAGAAGUGACUAGUAAUAUAAAAAAUAUCGAUAUUACUAAGCUUAUUUCAGACAUUAUAAGCGAAGAAGCUAGAUUAGGGUCAGAUUCUUCGGCUAAUAAAGCCACUAGCAAUAAAAUGCCUAUUUGUAAACAUUGCAAUAAAAAGGGGCAUAUAGAAGCUAAAUGCUGGAUUAAAUAUCCAGAGCUAAAACAAAAUAAAAAUAAUAAUAAAGCUUCUGAAAAGACUGAAUCCACUAAAACAGUUAUGAUGUCACUAGUCUAUAAUGGAAUAAAUAACAAAGAAGCUAAUAUUAAUAAAACUAAAUUAGUAUUAGAUUCUGGCGCUAGUGAGCAUUAUACAUUUAAUAAAGACUGGCUAUUAAACUAUAAGUCUGUUUCUAAUAAAAGCAUUAGAAUAGCAAAUAGCUAUAGUCUAGCUGUUUUAGGAAAAGGCGAUAUUCCGGUUAAGGCUAAUAAUAAUGAAAUUAUUAUUAAAAACGUAUUUUACGCGCCUAACCUAAAAGCUAAUCUAAUUAGCACUAAAGAGCUAAUUAAUAAAAAUUGGAAUAUAACUUUUAAAAAGGAUAUAGUCGAACUAGAUAAUAAAAGCAUAAGAGUGACCGCUUCUUGGCAUAAUAAUGCUUAUUAUCUAAAUAUACUAGUGGAUUUUAAUGUAUUAGAGCCUAUAGUAUAUUAUACUAAAUCUGCGAAUAAUAAAUUAGACCUAUAUCAUAAUAGGCUAAAUCACUUAAAUAAGGACUUAUUACUUAAAACUAUAAAUAAUACGUCCGGAUUAAGCCUUGAAGGCGGUGAGACUAAAAGCGAUACUAUAAGUAACUGCGAACCUUAUAUUAUAGGCAAAUUCUAUAAUAUAAGUAGUAAAAAGCCUAUGUCUAGCGCGCUUAUAUUAAGCGUAUACGAUAUAGAUAUCGCUGGUCCAAUUAAGCCGCUAGGCCUAAAAGGGGAAAAGUACUUUAUGACUAUAACCGAUAGAGGUAGCCGAGCUAUAUGGAUAUAUCCUAUAAAGCAUAAAGGGGACGCAUAUAGCAUACUAGUUAAAUUCUUUAAUAUGAUAAAAACACAGUUUCCUGAAGCUAAAAUUAAGGCUUUAAAACUAGAUAAUGCUAAAGAAUUUAAAUCUAAUAAGUAG